AUGUUUGCGCCUAUGUCAAAGGGAGGAUCCGAUGAUGCCUGGCAAGCUCAAGACGAUGCAGGAUCCCUGAAACCAGGACGCUUCCGAGCCUAUCUUGCCGGCCAGCUGGCAUCGCCGGCCUCUGGGAGCAGCUCACCGACCUCACGAGCCAUUCCAUUCCCACGAGACAGCGGCUCAUCCGCAUCUUCAAAUAGGCGACAUGCCAAGCCCUCGUUCGACAAGGGCAAGUCCAGAGAGAUGGAUCGAGGAGCGUUCAUGGCAGGCUUCAAUCGGCCAGAGACAGCAGCUUCAACCAGCUUAGGCAACAGACUCGCUACAGGCUUCGGCUUUCGACAAGCCGCGACCAAGCCAAAGAAGCAGAUCGGAUCUGCCGCAGAUUCGCGACCACAAAGCAUCGUCCCUCAAACGGCCUUUCCGUCACGAGCACCAGAGGCACUCUAUCCAGCAUCAGCACGCAUCGGCGCCAUACCGGCUGGCACAGAUCCACUACACAGCCCAUCCUCCACAGCAGCAGUCCUUGGACCGUCACCAUUCCAUUCGCCACCACCUCGCAGGCGUCGAGUGACUAGCAUACGAGACAGGAAUUGGGAAAGAGAAAGAGAACGCGAGCGCCUCCGACCCAAUCGCAGUUGGCUUAAUAAUCUCAUCCGGCCGCCGAGAGAGAUGGUCGAAGAGUGGCUCGAUAGUUGGUGGAAGCGAUGGUUUGCACUCGCGGGCUUGCCAAGUCUGGUUGUGUGGUUCUGGUGUGCUGUGCCGUUCCCGAAGACGGAUCCUUACGAUCCCAAUCUCCCAUGGUGCAAUCCUGACCAAGAGGGCAGGUCGGGUGAUCCGAACAACCCGCCUUGGUGCUAUCCCGCCAACGCCACUGCUUCUUCCCUUAGUACGUUCUCAAGCUCAGCUGCGGAAGCGUCCAGAGUGGCUUUGCCGAAUCUGCCAACUAUAACAGGCUUUGCUUGGAGCAUGGCAACGAUGCUCCUGUCCAAGUUCUCAGCUACAUCCAAGACCCCGCCCACGCAACCACAAUACCCAAUCGGCGAUGGCGACAGACUUACAGUCGAUGCGAACUUCUGGUUUUUCCUCAUCUUCUAUUACGGCAUCUAUGUGGGCGUUGCGCUCAUCUACAUCACUCAGCUCUUUGGCCUCUACAGACUCAACUGGUGGCCAGCUGCGCUGGGUGCAAAGACAUCGUAUGCCUUCUUCUGGAUCGGAGGCUUAGUAGCUGGUUGGAUCUUGCACGAGCUAGACCCACUUGGAACAGAAACACGUCAUGGAGCAAAGCUACACCAUCAUCAUCUCCACCAGCAAGCAGACUCACAGCAGCGCGGCUUGAUGUCUUCUCUGUCCCUGCCGAGCGCUGCCAAGCUGCAACAGUGGUCGACAAUGGUGACCACAUCCAUGGUGGACGCUGGCAAGCCAACAAUCGACGACGCAGAUAUUCAAUGGCAGCGCAAGACACUUUGGGUAGGCCUGGCGUUCGCUACAAUGGCUAUGCCGGCCCUUGUCUGCUUCAUCGGCCUCCGACGUAGCGGUCGUCAAACGUACCGGCACAGUCUCACCGACCACCAGAAGACUUUUCUCGAACGCCAACUCAACCGCCGCAUCCCCUCCUCCUACAUUCGCUUCCUCUGGUUCAUGUCUACCAUCGGUCUUUCCCUCUUUGCCCUCAUCGCCGGACAAGGAUAUGCAUCCGUCUAUCUCUCCACUCUCCCGCAUACAGGCUUGGAUGGCGUAGCAUAUGUCUCCUUCUGGACUCUCACCGUCAACGGUCUAGCCCUGGUCUCGCAUUGGAUCUUGGAAGACAAAGUCAGAAGUCGUGCUCUCGUUUUCGCCUUCAAGUACUACUACUUUUUGGUCUACUUCAUCUUCUACCGCAACCUCUUCGCUCGUCUUCGAUCCUUCGACCAAUUCGCUUUGGUCCAAUUGCUCUCUUCGUUCUGGGUUUGUAUCUGGUACCCGCUCUCCAUGUCCGGCCUCUGCCACCGCAUCAUUCAAUACUUCAACCCCCAGCCACGCUCGUGGGAAGAAUACGUCGAAAGCGUCGGCUUGGCAUUCUACCUCCGCAACCUCGCACAGAACACAACCAUGCUCGCCUUCCUGGGCUGGGUCAGCAUCUUGCAUUUCGGCAGCAACCAAUCCAUCUACCCCUUCUUCGCGUAUGACAACAAGCAUGAUCCGUACAACUAUCAACUGACUAUGCUAGGUUCGCUGGCGAUCUGGGGUUCAGAGUUGUUGUCCAGUUUUGUAGCGCGGCAGAUUUGCUAUCUGGCGUUCAAGGUCGAUGUGACGAAUCUAGGGCUGGACGAGAUGAGAGAGUUCCCGGAAUUGCUGACGACGAUAGGCUGGGGAAGUGUGCAUACUUUGAUGGAUAUGCUGUUGUUCUUGAUUAAGCUCAACUUCAGGUGA